AUGUCGGACCAUUACAAUUGUUUUGACUUCAGGCGGCUAAGUCAUCCACUCCACCAGAAAGCUCUGCGGGUGUGCUUCCUCCGGAACGGCGAUAGGCACUUCAAUGGCGUUAAUAUGGUCAUCUCUCGAGCCCAUUUCAAGGACUUUCACGCUCUGCUGCAAGGAGUCACAGAGUCUCUAGGACGCCACGUGGUACUGCGAUCAGCUAUCGCGCAUUUCUGCCGAACCGACGGAUCGCAUUUAACAUCACUGAGCAGUUUCCGCGAAACCGACAUUGUGAUUUGCUGCUGUAAAAACGAAGAAAUGGUUUGGGUCAAGUACAGCGUCAACAAGGACUUUCUGCGAAUGGUGGAGUCCUGUAAACGUUGGCGCCAACGUCGCUUAUACAGUGGAUGCCUGGAUCGCAUAAAGCCCUACGACCUGCCGGAGGCCAUACAGCUUUACAUCGAGAGUCUGGAGACCGUGGUGCAAAACCCAAAUACGCUGAUAUAUCGCGGACAAUCCAAGGCCAGCAGGACCAAGUGCAUCGUAAAAAUGGUGAACAAACAGAGAAGGAGCAAUAACUAUGUGGAGGCGGAGGUGCUGCGGCAGCUGCAGUCGCAUCCAAACAUCGUCGAACUGAUGUACACGGUGGAGGAGGAGCGCUACAUGUACUUGGUUUUGGAGCACCUGGACUGUGACAUGCAGGACGUGAUACAGGAGCUCGGUAUCAUGUCGGAGAAAAGUGCCAGAUUGGUGAUGAGAUGCACGGUAGCGGCUCUGGCGCAUAUGCAUCAGCUCCAGGUGAUUCAUCGGGACAUCAAGCCGGAAAAUCUGCUGGUCUACUUUUCAUCCGGCGGUUGGAAUUUCGAAAUGGUCAAGGUAGCGGACUUUGGCUUGGCCACAUACUAUCGCGACAAGUUGUACGUCUUCUGCGGCUCACCAUGCUACAUGGCACCCGAGAUAAUCGCAAUGUCGGGAUACGAUUAUCAGGUGGACUCCUGGUCGCUGGGCGUUACUCUGUUCUAUAUGCUCUGCGGCCAGAGGCCCUUUGCUAGUGCCAGCCAAGAUGUGAAUGAGAUCUAUGCUGCGAUCAUGAGUGGUGGGCCCAGCUAUCCCAAGGACAUGGAUGGAGUCCUGAGUCCAGGGGCCAGCCAGUUGAUCGACGGACUGCUAGUGAGAAAUCCGAGCAAUCGUUCCACCAUCGCUGAGCUCGGACAGUAUCCGUUCUUGGCCUUAUAGGGCUGUUCAAAAUUUUCCGUUUUCGAUUGUUUGGAUUUUCAAUAAAUUUGAAUAGC